AGUCACAACAAUCUCCUAAGUGUAUGGCUUAGAUUAGGAAGAAAUAAAUCAUGUAGUACGUGGCUUUUGAAGUUCAGAUGGACAACUUUUGUAAAGUUUAUGUUAUUUUUGUAUCAAAUUCUUGCGAUGUUCCCACAUGUAAAUACUUGACGUUUUUACAUGGAAACAGCUAAAAAAUAUUGUGUCCAGCGCGAUCACAUAAUUCAGUUAUAAACCUUCAAGCAUUACAACUGAUUGAAGAAUAGAUCACAUGCAUCUUUUGCCAGAAUCAUUUAACACUGCAAUUCAGUUUGUGAGAAUUUUUGUUGCACUUUGAAGGCCUAAAUUCAGUUUGCACUGCAGUGCAUUUUUCCAAAUAAGGUUGUACAGUAUUCCCAGAUUUUACAUUUCCAUUGGAGUACCAUCCUGCAACAAUCUCAUUUUAUUUUCUAAGUGAGACGUGGAUGUCCUAGGAAAAGGUCCAUAACUAACAGCUAGGGAAAGAUGAAAUACAUGCUGAUCUUAGGUUUCAGGUAACAACAUCUCAAGAUGCCUGGGCAAGAUUAUCAUGUUAGCAGCAGAAGAAAAUAUUUUUAUUUGAACUAUACACCAGUCUCGGGGCCUGGUUCAGUGGUACAGGAAGAGGAAGACAUGAACUGGGUUUCAGAUGUCGUUUCGUUGAUUUAGCUAGGCUUCAAGGUCUCUUUUGCAAAACGUACCAGCAGCCAACCUGUUAGAUAGAUCCUGUCCCUUCCAUUACGAUCUGAGGGCUCAUGUGUAGCUGGUGCAUCUGGUGCACGAGUUCUUUCGUUGCACAGGAUACGUCCUCGGGCCAAUAGAGUCUGCACUCUUUUCCUUCACGCGUCCAAAGGAAACAAAAUUUCCAAGAAAAGAGGUUGGGGUCGUCGCGUCGGCGUUGCCCAAUCCUCUCCCAUCUCCCCCACCUCUCCUACUCCGCUCCGCGCCGUUGCCGAUCUGGCCUCCAGUCAACUCCGGCGAGAUUGGAUUUGAUUGGAUUGAAGUUUACUGGACUGGAGCCGAUCCGAUCCGAUCUGAUCGGACUCUGCUGGCAUCUAGCGAAGCUUGAGGAGGGGUCGCUCGCUGUCGCGGGCCACAGAUCUGCCGCGUCCGCCAUGGACGGCAACAAGGACGACGCUGUCAAGGCCCUGCGCAUCGGCAAGGACGCCCUCGACGCCGGCGAUACCUCCCGCGCCCUCAAGUUUCUGUCUAAGGCCAAGCGGCUGGACCCCUUGCUCCCCAUCGAUCACCUCCUCAACCCCCUCCUCAAUAAGGAUGACCCGUCCUCCUCACCGGCCUCGUCAUCAUCGUCAUCUGCCCCACAUCCCCCACCGCCUCCGCCGUCGCGAGCUGCAUCAUCAGCAGCCGGUGCUGACGGCUUGAGGGAAAGGAAGCAGAAGGGCAAGAAGAAGGAUGGGGAGGAGGGCGGCGGUGAUACUGCUGGGGUGAGGACGUACACGGAGGAGCAGCUGGAGGUGAUCCACCAGAUCAAGAAGCACACUAGGGAUUACUACAAGAUCCUGGGCCUCGAAAAGGACUGCACUGUUGAGGACGUGCGCAAGGCCUACCGCAAGCUCUCUCUCAAGGUGCACCCUGACAAGAACAAGGCCCCUGGUGCCGAGGAUGCCUUUAAGGCUGUCUCCAAGGCCUUCCAGUGCCUCAGCGAUGCAGAGAGCCGCAAGCGCUUCGAUCUUGUUGGUUCUGAUGAGCCGCCGGCAUACAACAGGAGGGCGGCAUCCACUGCCCGUUCAUACAAUGGGUUCUAUGAAGAUGACAUUGACCCGGAUGAGAUAUUCAGGAACUUUUUCUUUGGUGGGAUGGCUCCUGCCACCACCAGGCAGUUUGGGACGUUCCAUUUCAGGACUGGCGGGAUGCAUCAUGCUCAUGGUGUGCAGCAGGGUUCUGGUGGCUCCACUGUCCGUAUGCUUGUCCAGCUGUUGCCUGUACUGCUGCUUCUGUUGCUCAACUUUCUGCCAUCCUCUGAGCCAGUCUACUCCCUAUCCCGCUCCUACCCUUAUGAGCACAAAUUUCAAACCCAACGUGGAGUAACAUACUAUGUGAAGCUGCCUAAUUUUGAGGAUCAGUAUCCACACCAGAGCACUGAGCGUACAACACUAGAGCGGCAUGUUGAGAGGGAUUACUACUCGAUAAUAACACAGAAUUGUAGGGUUGAGCUGCAGCGUCGCCAAUGGGGGCUAGCCUACCAGACACCACAUUGUGAUAUGCUUCAGAAAUUUGAGGCGACAGCACAGUAAUUCCUCCGGUGUCGCAAGGGGUUGCGGCGAAACAGGAACUUUGGUCAUGGUGUAAAGGCUUUCCAAUACUUGCUCCGUUGAUUGUCUGUUUCAAAUUGGAGGCCAGCAAGUUAGUUUGGACUAGUAGUAAAUUUUGUGGAAUAAGUGCAUUCGAUGACUACACACACCGCCUUGAUGUAUCUUAACAGUGUUAAGGCGUAUGCAGCCGUAACUACUUGAAAGGAUAUGUAAUUUGUUACGUUUCUUAGGGGCUGAUCAGAAUGCAGACAUGUGUAUGUAUACGAAUCAUCUAUAUUUCCUCUGAUGUUAUUGAAGAGUAUACCUGACGUAGCAGACUGUUACUGCUUUUUUCAA